ACUCACAUAAACAUAUGUUUCUUUUUGGUUUUUCCAUUAAACGCCUUAAAAAUGAAAACACCUAUAUAUAAAGCCUAUAAAAAUUUAAAAUGGGUUAGAAGAAAAUUGAUCUGGGAGCCUUGGAAAGGAAAAGUUAUUGAGGCUAUAAGCCAAUUGGGUGUUGGUAUUGGGGUAGUUGGACCAAGAGAUUUGAAAACUCCGGAAAUUUACAACGUCGAAUGCACAAAAUUGAUCAUGGAUGAUUUUUUAAAUAUGUAUUUUGAUGAAAAAGAAACAUUAUUAGCAUACGAUCCUCAAAAAAUGGCUAAUGAAGGAGAUGUUGUUUUAAUAAAAAAAUUGGACAAACCAUAUGCAAAGGAUGUUGCAUUCGCCUUACAGGAAGUAUUGUAUCAAUUUGGAAACAUGAUUGACCCUAUUUCGGGUAGAAAAGUCGAAGGUAUCAAUUUCAGAGAUGAAAAUGAAGAUAACAAAAAGAUUCACGAUAUAAUACGUAACACACAAGCCAAAGAUUUUACAUCCAAAGGCUACAAAUUUUCACAUAUGCACUCAAUUGAUUAAAAAAAAAUUUA